AUGGCUUUAGUGCCUGUUACUACAAGAAACCGUAUUAAUCCAAUGUCUGUAUCGACUCUUGAACAAUCAACAGUACCUUAUACAACUUAUGACCAAGUUGAACCCUGUACUGAUCCAAAUUGUCCAGUAUGUCGAGCACAACGGCAUGAUCGACAUCAUAAACAUCAUAAACGACAUCAUCAUCAUCAUCAUCAUCAUCAUAAAAAACAUCGGACAGAUUUUUGGAAUACUCUUUUACCAAGAGUCGAAUCGGCAUCAUCAACUGUUACGAUUCACAGUAUUGAAUUAGAUGAACGACGUCCUUAUUAUAAUUCACAUGUAAAUGAACGAGCUGUUGUUCCUGUUAAUCAAACAGAACGACAGAUAGUAACAACAACAAGACCUCGACGUAUGGCAGAUGAUGAUAUUGUUCGAGAAGCUUGGACCAACAAUCCUACGAAUGAUGAUGAAAUUGUUUGUUGUCGAGCAUACGAUGGUUGUCGAUGUCCAUGUUGGUGUUGUAUUAUACUUAUAAUUCUUUUUGUUAUACUUAUAAUCGUUUUAAUUGUUCUUUUAGCUACACUUCUUUGA